AAAUGCAUAUCCAAAGUAUUAUAGCACUCUGCUUAAUCGUCUGCUGUGUGCACAUCAGUGCCCAGAAUGUGGAUUGUGAUAAUAUCUAUAAAAGGUGUGUGCAAAAUCCUCGAACAGUGCCUCAAAGAUUUGAUAUAAAUCGUCCAGAUGUCUGUCCCAAGGCAGUUCAAAGCCGCUGGAUCUGGCGGAAAAUCUCCGUAUGUGAAGUUCAGCGUCUUUAUUGCCAAAAUCCAAGUAAGAAAUUUACCUGUGACUCCGUUGCUGAAAUGGCAAAAAUGAAGCGUAGACCUCUACAUCGCUGUAACCGUUGCAACCCAACCCGCAGAACCACACGUCGCACCACCCGUAGAAACACUCGUAGAACCACCCGUAGAACCACACGUAGAACUACCCGUAGAACCACCCGUAGAACCACCCGAAGAACCACCCGUCGAACCACGAGCGGCACCACUCGUACAACCGCUCGUACAACCACACGUCGAACCACAAUCAGGCCAACCACUCGUAGACCUACGACACUUAGACCACCACCUAGAAAUCCACGUAAACCUGUACGUCCUUAAACAAUUCAAAAUUGUUGCUGUUGAAUUAAUCAAAAUCAACAAUACAAUAAAAUAAAAAUAAACAAUAAAUUUCAA